AGGCAAAUCUAUCGAUCGGUAGGUUAUUGGAAUGCGCCGUAAAACUUUCGUAUGUGUAUCUUAGCAACGGUGUAAUGUUUAUUUAUUGACAAAACCGUCAACAAACUACAUUGUAUUAUUUUUCUCUAUCAGUAAACACGAAGUAAAAGUGAUUGAAAAUGUCUGAUAAGGAAGAAGACGCACAAGAAAAUGUUGAUGCACAGGAAAAUUUUGAACCACAAGAAAAUGUUGAACCACAAGAAAAUGUUGAACCACAAGAAAAUGUUGAACAACAAGAAAAUGUUGAACCACAAAGAAUUGAAGAAGAAGAAAGACAACGAUACGAUGAAGAGGUCAUGGGCGAAGGAAUGGUCUUAGAAGGAGAGCUACAGGAAGAAGAGUAUCAGGAACCAGAUGACUACGAAGAAUACGAAGGCGAGGAGGAAGAUGCGGUGUCUAUAUUGACAGUGUAUGACCCGGAUGAUUAUAUCUCGGGGGCAGUCAUUAGCCCGCAGUCAACAAUUCCGCCCAAUAUUUUCGAAUUUGAAUAUUCCUACGGUUACAACUGUCAUAAGUAUUUUAACCUCUGCGCGUGCGACGAUAUGGUCGUAUGCUUUUCAUCUGGUAGCAUGAUCACUUUCUUGGACGUGAAGACUAAACAGACAUGGUUUCGACGAAGCUCUACCGGUGGAACAGUUGGAAGUAUAACGUCCUACAGAAAAGACCCUAACUACCGUAUAGUGAUAGCAGAGGACAGAGAGGGUGACCAAGAGCCAUUAAUAAUUAUGUACACCUGGCCUCAAAUGGAAAUGGAUGCGGUUCUUCGCGAUGGUACCGCAAAUGGAUAUGCUAUUCUUGAUUUCAGCCCUGAUGGAGAACUGCUGGCAUCUGUGGGUAAAGAGCCAGACUUCAAUUUGACCAUUUGGAACUGGAAACGUCAUAAGAUUCUUCUACGCACUAGUGCUUUUACAUACGGAGUUCAUUCUGUCAUGUUUUCGCCAUACUGUGAAGGGCAGCUCACUACCGCAGGCGCUGCUCACAUAAAAUUUUGGAAAAUGGCACAAACUUUCACUGGCCUUAAAUUGAAAGGAGAACUUGGCAGAUUCGGGAAAACCGAAAUCUGUGAUGUCCUUGGUGUUUAUCCAAUGCCUGAUGAAAAGGUAUUAUCGGGAUGUGAAUGGGGUAACAUUUUGGUUUGGGAGGCUGGCCUCGUCAAACUAGAAGUGACUCAAAAAGGAAGAAAAGUCUGCCAUAAAGCUCCAAUUAUCCAAUUCAUGUUGAGCGAAGCUGGUGAUGAAGUGACAACGAUAGCUCGCGACGGCUGUGUCCGUGCGUGGUACUGGGACACGGUAGACCAAGCUGAUCCUCCAGAAGACGAUCCUUUUGUUGAACUUAACCCUGUAGCUGAGACUUGUGUGCCUGAUUGUCAGAUAAUGUCUUUAAAACAUAAAAAAGACAUGUUUUGGUACGCCCAGGACGGCAAUGGAGGUAUAUGGGUUGUUGAAUUGGAAAUUGAUAAAAUAGAAUGCGACCAUCGGAAAGUGAUAACGUGUCAUGCUGGAGGUGUCGUGGCUAUAGCGGCGUUGAGGACGCAUCCAAUACUGAUCACGGCAGGUGAAGACGGAGCAUUGCAUGCUUACGACACAGAGAAACAUACUCUGCUUGCGCGAUAUGUCUUCCCGAAACCAAUAACUACUAUUCUUUAUCCUCCCUUGGAUGUUGAUGAAACCUCACGCAUUCUGAUACUGGGUUUCCAAGAUGGCACAAUGCGGACUAUACUAGUGUACCCCGACAGACUCCAAGGUCGGGCGAGUAUGAUCAAUAUACGGGUGAACUCAUCAUUGACCGUCCAUAGCGACGACUCCAUUCACGGCGACGUAAUACAUAUGAUAUCGUUAUUAAAACCUCACUCAAAAGCCAUAACUCAAAUAACGAUAAACGAACAGCGCACCCUACUAGUAACUUGUGGGGAAGAUAGCACCAUAUUCAUUUAUCUAUUGAAACAAGGUACUCCAUUCACACUUGAGAGAAUCGGCUUCGUUGACACCCCUAAUAACAUCGCUUAUAUGACCUGGAAACCUGAUUCAGAACGGGUGCUUCUGCUUUGCGGCCAAGUAGGCCUUAUAAUGGAAGCUGUACUACCGGAGCCAACAGUUCGCAAUUACACUGACAUUAAAACCUUCAAGUUAGAAUUUGAGUCCUAUAAAGAAACUUUAGUGAAAAAACACUUUAUGCGCCACAGACCUUUUCCUGAAGAAGAAGAUCUGGCUAGCAUUGAUGAAGAGGCUUUGAAGGCUAAAGAAGAGGCUGAACUUCGAGAUGAUGACGAAGAUGAAGGCGAAUGGAUCGGCGAAAUUGAAUUAAUGGAAAGUGAGAGUAUGUUGGGCACAACAGUUACUUGGGCGGAAUAUUGUGAGGAAGGAGUGUGGAUCGUCCAGCAAGGGACAGGAGCUUUAUUACUCAUACAGCCAGGCAACAACAAGAUCCUUAAGUACGCACCUUUCCCUGGAGCCUGGUGUGAGGAUAUGACGGCAUUAAAAUUUGUAUGUGAAGGACGUUACCUCGUGGUUGGAACAAAUACGGGAUACAUACGUAUGGUUCGCAUGCCGACUGAGGAAGAAGAUAAUCCUGAUCAUCAUUUAGGCUUGUGGAUGACCGCACAGCAGAAGCUCAUGAGAAAACUUAAGGGCAGAAGACUCGCUAAAGAACAGUUACAACCAAUCCCUCGCAUAGACUUCAUAGAUUUCUAUUACUUGCCGAUGCAUGACCGCUAUACAGGAGCUAUCACUGUCCUGGAAUUUAACAACGAUUCGAGUUACCUGUACACCGCUGGACGUGACGGAAAUAUAUUCUCUUAUGUCAUCAACUUUCCAGAACAAUUGUUACCCAUACCAGAAAUUCCAACACCUCGAGAAAUCCCUAAAGUAGAAAAAGUAAAGGAACACAGCACGGUAGAAGGCGAGAUGAUGUCACACGAACAACUGAAGCAGAAAGAGGAAUUCGACAAAAUGAUGGCGAUCGCCAACGCACAUAAGAAACGUGUUCGCGACCAACUUUAUGCACUGACAACUGAAUACAACAAACUGAUUAAAGCGAACAAAGCAUUACCACACUCUCAGCAAAUAGAUGUUACCCUCGACAAACGACCCUUAGAAGUGCAAGAAAGAGAGCUUGAAGAUGCCAAAGCCCUUACUAUAAGGAAAUUAGCACACCAGCUGGAGGCUUCCGAUUUGGGUUUAGCAAAGAUGCAUUCCAGGAACAUUAUACAGUUGGACGUGUAUCCUUUCACCGUGAGAGCUGUCGGCAAUCCAACGAUAGUGAUAAGACCUUUGCGCCAGAAGAAUCUCUCGGCUGCCUUCUAUGCACAAUUGGAAGAAGUGUACCAGAAAAUGGCAGAAGCCGCACUGAAAGGAAGGGAUAUGAAUUUAUUGGAAUUAGCUGAUCAAGAACUGAAGCGAACGGAGUCAUCGAUUCGUCGCAUGGGAGCACGAAAGACAUCAUACGGACCUCCAAGAGUUGCUUCGUUCUUACUCGGCUUACCUCCAAAGCCACCAUACCCUCUGAAGAAAGCCCUCAAGAACUACCACGUCCGUCUAAACAGACACCAUAUUCAAUAUAUUGAGUGGCAAGAACAUUUGAACCGUAAACCGGACCCCAACGCUAUGCCACCUGGAGCUGCUGAAGCGCUGAAGGAAGCUGAGGCAACCAUCGGCAACCGCAUACUCAAGACAGACCCUAACUACGUCGCACCACCCGGUCAUAAUACGCAGAUGAGAGUAUGUCUCUGCAGGAAAGAGAUCUAUGACCUGAAACAUGAGUUCAACGAAAAAGUGCUAGAGCUACGGAAUCGGAAAGUGCAAAUGUUACAACGUAUGAAGGAGAUCGGAGAGCGACUGUCCGAAAUUCGCAUAGAGAUACCGCCUAAAUUAGCUAAGCCGCCACCACCCCUGCCGGAAUUUGACGACGAACUGGAAUUUCCUGAGAGACACCUUGAAGUAAAACCCGAACCAAUACAAACAAUUAUGGGCAGAAUGCAGCAAAAGAAAUCGCAACAUGCACAGGAGCGCAGGAGAUCCAUGGUUAAGUCCAUGGAACCUACAGCGAGAGUACGUCAGGCAAGAGUUAACAAAUUUGUACCCGUCAAUGAAUCAAGACCUCUUUUUGCUUCAUGGGAACUUUUAAGACUGAGACAAGAUCAAGAGUCGACUACUGUUGAAACUGAGAUUCGUGAGAGACGCAUCGAAAGACAUCUGUAUGAACAAGACAUGCUACUCGUGGAUGCAGACGAACACGUCAAGCUAUUUGAUUCCCGAUUGAAAGAGCUACAACGAGAGCGUAUAAGAGUCCAGGAAAAGAGCCAAUUAUUAGAGCUGCAUUUACAUCAGUUGCACAGAGAAAUGAACGUUUUGAAUAGGUUUGAAAUGCACGAAGAUCGCUUGGCUGAACGAGUUUAUGUCAAAUUGAUGCAGGUGCGAGCAGUACAACAGCAAAUAAUAGACUGUGAGCACCGCAUUGAAGAACAUAUGACUGAGAAGGAUAACCUGGGCGCAAUGUGUGAGGACCUGCAGAGGAAAUUCAAACGUCUCGUGCAAGACAAUAAGUUUGCUGAUUUCCUUCGUAGGAUAUUCAAAAAGAAAUACCGUCAGCCACGUAUUCGUGAUGAUGAUGAAUCAUCUGAGUCUGAGUCUGAGUCAUCAUCAAGUGAAGAAGACGAUGAAGGCAGUUUGGACAGUCGAGAUAUUGGGCCAAUACGCCUCGACCCCAACAUUUGUCCUGAGGGAUGCGAUAGAGAAACCUAUGACAAAACUUUUGAAAUGAGAAAUACCAGACACAAGCAUGAACAGAACAUGAUGGAGCAGGAUCGUCUGGUGGAACUCUUGAAACGUGACAUUGAGGCUCAUAACAAAAUCAAGCGCAAACUUUCCGUGCAAUUGGAUCGGAGGAAGAACGACCUUAGGGAAUUUAUGUUGGAAAAACAAACCUGCAUGAACGAAGUAGACACGGUGGUGGUCCUGCGGUACGAUCAGAUCAGAGCAGCGUCUAUCGUCGGCUGCACUGGACCCCAGGGUCUGUCACAAACUGUGGUCUUUCCCGAAGCGUUACUCAGUCGUCUUCGGAAACGAGUGCUUGAACUUCUGGAGGAGAUUAAAGAACAGAAAUUAAGACAAAGGAUAAACCGCACGCACUUGUUCCGUAUGAACAUAGAUCUGCGUGCGAUGGAAGCGGAAGCGGAGGACUUGCGCGCGCAAAUGCGUGACGUGCUGACGCGCAAGCUGGGCAAGCCGCGCAAGGUGGACCGCACGCUCGACGACCUGCUGCGCCAGAUGGCGCGCCGCCACAAGUACGCGCUCUCCUACGGCACGCUGCCGCACGUCAUCGCCCAGCUCCGCACCUGGAGCGAGCGACACAGUACUCUCGAAAAGAAAUAUCUGAAAACUCUGAACAACUACUCCGAUCGCCUCCGAUUGGCAGCAGCGAUGCAAGCAGAAGUUCUACCACUAAAGCCGACUAAGAUUCCUGUUGAAAUGGCUGGUGGUUACAACGCGGAAAUAUACCAGCGUGACGUAAUGCGUCUACUGAUAGUGCGACAAAGACAAAAACAACAAAUUAAGCAACUACAAGAAGAGAUUGCAAGUCUCCGACAGAAGCCGCUUUCCUACAGGGCUCCACAAUCGACCUACACACCUCUCGAGCCGGAGCAAUCAGACAUUUACCUGUUCAUGGUCCCUCGGUCCCACAAACAACAACGGAUGAAAUACUUUCCUAUAACGCCCUUAGGCUCAAGAACGAAGUUAAGACCCGAAGUAAAUAUAACAACACUGUUAUACGACUGCCUUGACGCUAUGCAUGUCUCUCGGGACGAUGCCGAGCUUCUCUUGCUUGACGUCAUGAAAUUACUACCUGACGUUGUAACCGGAAAAUGUUCCCGAUACGAAUUGGUUGAUACGACCGUACGUACGUGGCUGUUGAAAUCUGGUGGCGACCCCAGUCAGUAUAAGAAACAAACUCGAGCGUUUGAUGCUUUAGCUGCCUUGACGGAUCGUUUGGUCAGGCAACAAAUAGAAGCAAUGGAAGCCCCAGAAGAUCCAGAAGGUGUUAUAGACGAUUUAGAAGACGCCCUGAGAGAUUUGACGGAAGAGUCCGAUACACUAGCUGACCGACUCGGGCCAGCCAUCGCAGCAUUAUUACAUUCUGCACAUUUCACGACUAUAGAGGAUCCUGAGACGUUGGCGUCUCUUGUGAAAUCUCUCACUGAUGAUAAUCAUCCAAUCACAAAGGAUAGCGUUGAGCGAAUUUGUUCCUUUGACCUCCUUGAAGACAUUAAAGAUUGUGGUAUUGACAUGCCACCUGAAGAACUGCGGGUAGUCAUCGAUCAUGCAAUGGAUGCUUUAAGAGCUCAAAUAGUCGAGCCGUUAGAAGCUUCGGAAGUUCAAAAGGAAGUUCAAAAGGCAUUGCGAGACAAGGACAUUGAAGCGAUGAUCAAGAAAAGCAUCGUCAGCGUUGCAUCAGAUCGCAAAACACUUGACAGUGAAACAUCUUAUAUUCGCAAACGUAAACAAGACUCUCAAGAUCGACCAUCUACAGAUCGCAAAUCAAUAUUGGCUGCCACGUCUACAUCGGAACACAAAUCUUUACCAACCCGUGUAUCUAUCGCCACACAAAACGUGCGUGGUAAAAGUAUUACACUAUCGUCGCACGAAACCAAGUUGAGCACCUUGUCAAUGGACGAGCGCAAAACGUUAGCAAAUCGAAUCUCCACAAGUAUUCUGGGACGGAGCAAAACAAGCCAAUCUGAUGGGGUUAAGGUUAAACCCAGCGUCCAAAUUGACCUACCAGAAGAAAGCCAAAAAACAGAAGGUGAACAAAAAGAAGGAGAACAAACAGAAGACAAACAAGCAGAAAGCGAACAAGUUGACGGCAAAGAAAAAGAAGGGAAACAAACAGAUGGUGAACAAGCACAAGGUGAACAAGUAGAAAGUGAACAAGCUGACGGUAAACAAAAAGAAGGGGAACAAACAGAUGGUAAACAAGCAGAAGGCGGACCAGCAGAAGGCGGACCAGCAGAAGGUGGUCCAGCAGCAGCCGAAAAAGCAGAAACCGAAGAAACAGAAGACAAACAAGCAGAAGGUAGACAAGCAGAAAUUGAUCAGGCAGAAAGAAGACGGACUAUAUUUAAGGAAGGAGAAGAUGAUGAAAUUUAAUGAUAUAGAUAUUAGAAACCUCGAAUUAUGAUAAAUGUAAAAUUUUCCAGAAGAUUUUUCUAAGUCUCACAUUUAGUAGUCCAUGAUAAAUCCUGGCAAGUAUUAUAUUGGAAUAGUAAAAGUUAAAAAAAAAACGUUACAAUAUAAAUACUUACAUUUACCAUGUUGAUAAACCUUAGGUUUUACAGGAACAUCAUAAGAUUUACCAUGUUUCGAGCUUUGAGACAGUAACAGAAUACUUAUAUGCCUAGGUAUAUUAAAUUCAUGGUUACCACACUUGUCACCAUUCACCACCACGUGGGUGGACACUCGAAAGUUCUAAGACAACACUUCUCUUUUAAAGUUUUAUUUUUUCGCUAGUUUUCCCUUUGGCAAGGUUGAAAUAUUUAGUUUAAUUUAUUUAGUAUUUUUGUUUCUUAUUUAAUUUUCUUACUAAGUUCAUACUUGAUUCUUUGUAAGUUACCUACCUAAUUUAUUUUUCAAUACAUAACAUCUAGUUUAUAUAAGAAAAGUGUAUUAGGUAGGUAGCUAAUAAAAAAUACCUAUUAUAUGUAUAUGCUACUUGAGUUUCAUUAUGUUAUUAAGUUAUUUAAUUUAUUUAUAGAGCUUGGACUAAGUAAGAAAGUACCUAAGCACUAGGAGAAUUGUAGAAAUAUAAAAUUAUUCAUCUAGGUACUCACAUUAAUAAAUCUUACUUGUCUUACUAUAUUAUUAUAUAAUUUUAUUGAUACAUAUUAUAAAAUGGGAAAGUUUCGAGUAGAUAUGUUUGUUACUCAAUCUCGGCAAAACGGCUGAAGGGAUUGGGAUGAAAUUUCCAAUAUGGAUAGAUGAUAUGAUCUGGAAUAACACAUAAGCUACUUUUUAUCCCAACGGAAACACGACUGAAGCCGGGGGCAGAAGCAAGUUAAGUUAAUAUAUGGGUCAAUUUAAUUCUUUAUGUUUUUUGGUAUUUAAUGAUUAAAAAGUAUUGUUACUGAUACUUGACUAAUAAAUAUAUAAAAAUAUUUAA